UCAAUAAAGUUAUGAUAAAAAUUAAAAAUUAUAAACUACGAGGACUAGAAUAUUCACGUAUUAAUGUUCCAUUAUUGAUGUUGUAAUGAACAAAUUGGACAAUAAAAUGGACACAACAAAAAGGAAUGUGGGCAAUGAGUUCGAAAAAAGUGAUGGCACAGGAAAAGACAACCAAUACUUGUACAUGCGUUCUGUGGCCAAAGUUGAGUGUGGUCAAAACGAGGGUACAGCAGUUUGUGUUCACACGUCUGACGCUGUUGACGGACACCUGUUCCUCACCUGUGCUCAUGUCGUAGACCAUACACUCCAAUCGGUAAUACUACGAUAUGAUGGAUGUGCAGUUAAAGGUAGAGUUAUAUAUGUUACUCAUAAGGAGGCUGUACCAUAUGAUAUUGCUGUAAUUGUAACUGAACAAACUAAACAAACUACAGACAUUUUACCUUGUCAGAUAUCAGACAAAACCCCGACCAUUGGUCAAAAACUGUUUUUGGUUGGAUACGCUUGUCGAGAAUAUGCACCAUCUACAAAUUUCGGUCACAUGCACGGAAUGAUGCAUAGCAUAUUGACGACCACUUGUCAUGUGCAUGCAGGGUUCAGCGGUGGUCCAGUUUUUUCAAUUGACAGAAAACUGUUGGGUCUCACUGUUGGAAAGUUGAACAUAGGCACUUUUCAUUUUGUAUUGCUUUCUACAGAAUUUAUGAAAACUAUCAACAAAUAUAUCAUUACUAAUAACAUUGAAAUACUUAACGAUUUAGAAUCCAAGUGCCCAAUGGAAACAGUGUUAUGGAACGUUAAAAUUCCAACCUUCAAAGUUUGAAGAAUGGUGAUAAUCUAGUCAAAUAACACUCUUGUAUUGACUAACAUAGCAUUCCAUGUCAACAGAUGUGAGGGGCAUUCUUCAUAAUUACUAGUACCUAUUCCCUUGAUUUCUAUCAAGGCACUCUAAUAUUUAUUAUAUCAAAAGAGGUGACUUCACUUACUAACUUUCUUCAUAAUCUUAUUUUUUCUUGAAUUAAUUUCAUGUAUUUUAAUUUGGAACUAUUUACUUGUACAAUAUAAAAUUUACCCAUCUGUUGUUAGUGUUUUGAGGAAAUUAUUUUACAAUGUGUAUGAUAAUUAUGAAGGUUAAAAUUAAUAAUAAAAUUAAUUAAUAUUUAAAAUCAA